GAUUGAACACCAGAGUUAAAAGGAGAGCUAUGUCAAGGUAUUAGUUUUAGAUUUAUUUUCUACCCUGGGGCUAGUUGUUCAAGCUGGAUUAGCGCUAACCCUGGCUUAAAUCUAACCUGCUGUUUUAGUUUGGGUACAUCUGCACGUCUGUUUAUUUCAUUAAUUCAAAACUUUAGGAAAUAAAACUUCUGUUAUCGAUCCAGGCAAGAUUUCUGAGUAAAAACUCCAUGUUUGUAUAAACAGGAGAUUGGGAAAAUUACUUGUAACUCUUUAAGUGGCAAUGCGCCCUGAUGUUUCCUACUUUUAUUCCCGAUUUUCCCAAGGGAGAGCACUGGCGCUCAAUGCGUGGGUUAACCUAGGAUGAACCUAACCUGCUUUCGAACAACGGGCUCCAAAUAUUCUUGCCAUGCUGUAUUACACUCUCUUUAUACUGCUGUUAUAGAUCUUUGCAACACUAGAUGAAUAAAAAGAUAACCCAUACUAGACCAAUGAGGGAUGAUACUUAUACUGCAUGGACCUCUAGGCAGAACAGUUUAGAACGGAUAGAGUUGCCAGUAUAAAGAAAUUUAGUUUAGGUUAGGUUUGAUCCUGUGGUAACACUGGAUCAAUAAGAGAUGAUCCUUACUGCAUGGACCUCUAGGCAGAACAGUUUAGAACUGAUAGAGUUAUCCAGUAUAAAUCAAUUUAGUUUAGGUUAGCUUUGAUCCUGUGGUAACACUGGAUCAAUAAGAGAUGAUCCUUACUGCAUGGACCUCUAGGCAGAACAGUUUAGAACUGAUAGAGUUAUCCAGUAUAAAUCAAUUUAGUUUAGGUUAGCUUUGAUCCUGUGGUAACACUGGAUCAAUAAGAGAUGAUCCUUACUGCAUGGACCUCUAGGCAGAACAGUUUAGAACUGAUAGAGUUAUCCAGUAUAAAUCAAUUUAGUUUAGGUUAGCUUUGAUCCUGUGGUAACACUGGAUCAAUAAGAGAUGAUCCUUACUGCAUGGACCUCUAGGCAGAACAGUUUAGAACUGAUAGAGUUAUCCAGUAUAAAUCAAUUUAGUUUAGGUUAGCUUUGAUCCUGUGGUAACACUGGAUCAAUAAGAGAUGAUCCUUACUGCAUGGACCUCUAGGCAGAACAGUUUAGAACUGAUAGAGUUAUCCAGUAUAAAUCAAUUUAGUUUAGGUUAGCUUUGAUCCUGUGGUAACACUGGAUCAAUAAGAGAUGAUCCUUACUGCAUGGACCUCUAGGCAGAACAGUUUAGAACUGAUAGAGUUAUCCAGUAUAAAUCAAUUUAGUUUAGGUUAGCUUUGAUCCUGUGGUAACACUGGAUCAAUAAGAGAUGAUCCUUACCGCACGGACCUCUAGGGAGAACAGUUUAGAACUGAUAGAGUUAUCCAGUAUAAAUCAAUUUAGUUUAGGCUAGGUUUGAUCCUGUGGUAACACUGGAUCAAUGAGGGACGAUCCUUACCGCACGGACCUCUAGGGAGAACAGUUUAAAACUGAUAGAGCUAUCCAGUAAAAAUAGUUUUAUUUAUAUUUUAGUGUUUUUAUAUAUAUCAGCGGUAUGAAGCAGUGCGUUGUUUGCUAAUUUACAUUUUUCUAUCACUUGCAUAGUGCUGAGCGUGACAGAAUGCUAUCCGACCUGCAGGCACAAUUGGACUACAAGGUACUACAAUAAGUUACUUGUAUUGUGCGUUUGCAUGGCAAAAACACAAUAGGACCAUUUAUACGAGCGAAAAUAAGCCGCGGCUAAUAAAAUAUUUGAAAGCUAGGCCUAAAAAUAAGCCGUGACUUUUCUCCAGCUAAUUCUAGUUUUUUCUAACGGAUCAUAUCGCUAAUCAAGAUAUCAGUUUAUAAAAACAUUAUACAUGUAUUAUUCUUUAAAUCGAAGUCAAAAAACGAAAUAUUGGUACUUGCAGCUUCGUGUUAAUCGCGCAGGCAGAAAACAAUAGAAAGGGCCUGGCACUGGACGUCAAUUUCUGCCAUUUUGGCUUCACUUUUUUCACCUCAGUUGUCACUCCAGAUAUAUAUAUAUCGAGCUCACUGGAUGUAUGUUAUCACUUCAGGGUUUUGAUAAAAUUGAUAUUGUUAUCGAGGCUGUAUUUGAAGAUCUCAACAUCAAACAUAAAGUUAUCAAGGAAAUUGAAGAGGUAUUCAGUAUAGGCAAUAGUAUAUAGUUUGAAUGCAAUUUGCUGCUCACGAGUGUUUGUUUUCCCAAACCACACUAUUACUUAUUAACAAUAUACAUGACCAAAUUAUGCAAAACCAAAUAUAUAUUCUUACUGAUCAUUCGGUUGACAAAACAUUACACGCCGUAGAUCGCGGGGUUAUUUGGGACACCUGGGCGAAUUGGGACAGAUGCCAAAUGGUGACUUGGGGCAACCAUCUAUUUUAACCGUGUUCCAAUUUACCCCCGGUGUCCCAAUUAACCGUUGUCUACGGUAACAACUUAAUACUAAUUUACAAAUGUGUCUUCUGUUUGGGCACUUAUUAUUACGAUAAAUAUCUUCACAACGUAUCAUAUCACGAUAAAUAUCUUUACAACGUAUCAUAUCACGAUAAAUAUCUUCACAACGUAUCAUAUCACGAUAAAUAUCUUCAUAACGUAUCAUAUCACGAUAAAUAUCUUCACAACGUAUCAUAUCACGAUAAAUAUCUUCACAACGUAUCAUAUCACGAUAAAUAUCUUCGUAUUUCUUUCCCCAGGUUAUUCCAGAAACGUGUGUUUUCGCUUCUAAUACUUCAGCUUUACCAAUACACAAGGUAAUUUAUAUCUUAAUUCUAUAUUACAUCCAACUUUGUUACCAAUAGCGUUACGCCUAUAUGUUCUGAUGUUUUUAAUAUUUCUUUUAGAUCGCUGAGGCUAGCAAACGACCUGACAAGGUAACUUAGUCGAAUUGUUUUUCGUGGCUGUAGAAGUUUGAGACGUAUUGAGCGACGGGGCUAGUUCCAAAUUCAAAUGUCAAAAUAUGCGCUUUAAAAUCUUUCAGUUGAAACUAAAAAUUUAGUUUGUCUUAUUUGAAAGAUUGUUUAAAAUUAUGUAUGAAUUUAUUGUAGAUUUUUCAUGCCAAGCUUAACUAGGAGCAUUUCUUUACAAAGCAAGACCACGCAUUUCCUAUAUGGGGCUGCCCAAGCUUCGACAAGUGCCAAUAAACUUUUCGUAUAUAUGGGGCUCAUAUAAAUACCUAUUUCUCUUUUUAGGUCGUUGGCAUGCAUUACUUCUCACCUGUGGAGAAAAUGCCACUGUUAGAAAUUAUAACCACGGAUAAGACAUCUCAAGAAACAGCAGGUAUAAUUCUUGUACCAUGAAUAAUAAAAUAAAGUACAGUAUACAUUUUGCAGAAGCGAUUUGACCAAUUCGUAUAAUCUUGGUGUCAAAAUUCAUCACUUUGAUUGAAUUUUUUAUGCCUACUAAUAAUUAGCUGUGUACAAAUCUACUACACACUGUACACAGCUAUUGUAUUUUUUCCAGACACCCUGCAUAUUCAUUUCUAUCGAAGCGUUUUUCUCUUUUGAAAGCCAUUUCCCCCCUUGAAGCCCCGAAUUUUUUCCUCUUCACUUUUAUGGGUGCUGGGUGUGCCUCUUUGGAAGAUAAAUCUAACGUUCUGUCUUACUGUAUUCCAGCGAUUGCGGUGGACGUUGGUCUAAAACAAGGCAAAACAGUGAUUGUUGUCAAGGUACGAAAAUACACCACUCCAUGUCAUAACAUUCUUAAUAAUAAAGAAAUUGCCAUAGUGAUAGAUGUAGGUAUGGAUUCAUGGAUACUUCUUAAUCUGGUGGGAGGUUAAAUCUUCCUUGAUUAUACGGAAACGUUUAUAUAUACGGUCUGAAUACAAAGCUUGCAUCGAGGUUUUGUAAUCUGCACGAUUGAUGAUGACAACGCCUUCUCCUUUAUCCGGUUUCAAGAUGAUAUUAUCUUCGAGGAAAUCUUUAAUGAACUGGAUUUUCAGAAACAUUUUUGUCUCGCUGUUUAUGAAUUCUGGCCCUAAUCGGGCAGAGUUAUGGUCAGGGUUUGUGUUAGGUAUAAGGACUAUAACCUAUGUUGAUCACCUUAGAACCGUUGAUGUAUUUGUUCAAAUUGUUUUGUGGGUCCUACAUGAAGAACCUAAUAGCUGACCCUAACUCGUAAACUAACGGCAAUGUGAAAGUUGAUAUUAAAAAUCCCGAUAAAUGACUUUAAAACGAAACAACAAAACUAUACAUUUUAUUUGUUUCCGUUUCGUUGUUUUUCUCCGAAGAUGUAAAUAAGGAUCAUAUCUCAUCAGUAUAUCAUCUACCAUCAUUUAACAGUCUAAUGUUGUUUUUCCAGGAUGGUCCAGGUUUUUAUACGACAAGAAUUCUAGCACCAACAAUGGCUGAAGUAAUAGCGCUGUUACAGGUAAG